AUGUACAUCACCCUCUACUACCUAGUCACCCGGCUCCCUGACUCUCUCCGCGUAGUCACGGACCACUUCCUCUCAGUUUGCCCCACCACUCUCACCGUUGACCUCCUCGAGAAGGGCCUCCUAGCAGUAGAGAAGAGCAUAGUCGCUGUAGGAGCCUCUCGUGCGACCUCUUUGGUUUCUACGGGGUCGGCACUGCGUCUGCCCCUAGCGGGAGACGCCGCACCGGCAAGGGCAAGGGGGGCAAGGGCGCUGGGAGGGCUAGCGGGGGAGGUGGAGGAAGUGGUGGAGGCAGUGGAGGGAGUGGGGGUGGUGGUGGGAGUGGUGGCGGGGGUGGCGGCGGCGGCGGCAGUAGUGGAGGCGGAGGAGGCGGCGGUGGUGGCGGAGGGAGCGGAGGCGGCGGAGGUGGCGGAGGAGGCGGAGGUGGAGGAGGUGGCGGAGGCGGCGGCGGCGGCGGUGGUGGAGCGGGUCGCGACUCUGCGCAGAGGAGUGGGUCAGCGCGGUGGGGGUACUGGUCCUUGCACUUACGUCCUCCGUACCGGCGACCGAGCUGGUGAGCAGUGCGGGGGCCCGCACUCCACCCAACGCUGCUUCGGCCGCCAGACGGACGCGUGGCGUCACCAGUUCCCCGAGGCGUCAGAGAUCCAUCGCUGGGGAGAUCUGUCUAGGGCGGGGGUUGCCAUCUUUGAUCUUGACUAUGAUGCUUUCCUUGCUGCCAUGUAUUUUGUUACUACUAGUGUUGAGGGUGACUAUUACCUGUGUGUACCGCCUGACCCGGGCAUUGAGGCCACUGCUCUAGGUGCUGGUGAGGCUGCUGCUCUAGGUGCUAGUGCGUCUGCUGCCCCAGGUGCUAGUGCGUCUGCUGCCCCAGGUGCUGGUGAGUCUGCUCUCUCAGGUACUACGUCGGCUCAUGCCUUACACACCUUCACCAUUGACUCGGGUGCGUCCCGCUCCCUCUUUCGAGACCGCACCACUCUUACGCCGCUCAGUCGGCCGGUUGCAGUCUCCCUGGCGGACCCCUCUGGGGGUCCUGUCCUUGCUAGCAUCUCCAUUGUCUUACCGUGCCCGGCAGCCCCCUCUGGCACCCUGUCAGGUCUCUACCUCCCCUCGUUCUCUACGAACUUGGUGAGUGGAGCGGACCUACCGGAUAGGGGGGUUGACCAGUUCACUCCUGCGAGUCAGCGGGUGACCCACUGCACGUGUGCUCGGACAUGCCGACACUUGGCCACGUUCACCCGUUGGCCAGGAUCGAGCCUGUGCACCCUUACUAAUGAGUCUACUCCGGCUGCUGAGUCUGGCCAGGUAGCUCCAUCAAGUCAGGUGUUUGCUGCAGCGUCCAGGUUGUUAUAG